AACGCGGCCCGAGAGAGUUCCAGAUCAGAUCGGAGGAACCGACGACGCUCAAGCGCGCCGAGGGAGGGAGCACACAGAAUCAGCCAGUCCCCUCCACGGCCCCUCCCUCCUCGCUCGGUCGCUCCUCCUGAAUAGUCGGGCUCCCAGAGACGACCAGCGAGCGAGCGAGAGAGAGGGGCGAUCCCAGAUUCGGCCGUGCACGCCACGCCACGCGGGGGCGGGAGAUGAGCGGGGCGGAGGAGGCUGCUGGCUCCGGGAGCGGGAGCGGGAGCGGCGCGGGGGGGAGCGGCGGCGGAGGGGGUGAGGCGAGGCGGCGGUUCGACGACAAGGGACUGGUGGCGCGCACGUCGCUGAUCCUGUGGCACACGCACCAGAACGACGCGGCCGCCGUGCGGAAGCUGCUCGAGGAGGACGGCGCGCUCGUCAACGCCCGCGACUACGACAGCCGCACGCCGCUCCACGUCGCCGCGCUGCACGGCUGGCAGGAGGUCGCCGAGUGCCUCGUCGCCAACGGCGCCGACGUCAACGCACAGGACCGCUGGCAGAACACGCCACUUGCUGAUGCAGAGGGUGCAAAGAAGCAUGCUAUGAUCGACCUACUCAAGAAGCAUGGCGGAUUGACAUAUGGGAAAACUGGAAGCCACUUUGAAGCAAAGACAAUUCCACCUCCCCUUACAAACAAGGCUGACUGGGAGAUUAACCCACUUGAAUUGGAUUUCACAAAAGCAAUUAUCAUUGGAAAGGGCUCUUUUGGUGAAAUUCUGAAAGCAAAUUGGCGAGGAACACCUAUUGCUGUCAAGCGCAUUCUUCCAUCAUUAUCUGAUGACAGGCUGGUGAUCCAAGAUUUUAAGCAUGAAGUCAACUUGCUAAUAAAGCUGAGGCAUCCAAAUAUUGUACAGUUCCUUGGAGCAGUCACAGAAACCAAGCCUUUGAUGCUAAUUACUGAGUUCCUAAGAGGAGGUGAUCUUCAUCAAUAUCUGAAGGAGAAAGGCUCGCUCAGCCCAGUUACUGCUGUUAAUUUUGCAUUGGACAUCGCUAGGGGCAUGGCAUAUCUUCAUAAUGAGCCUAAUGUUAUAAUUCACCGGGACUUAAAGCCAAGAAACAUUCUUCUAGUGAAUACUGCCGCCAAUCACUUGAAAGUUGGAGAUUUUGGUCUUAGCAAGAUUAUCAAAUCUCAGCAUGCCAAUGACGUAUACAAGAUGACUGGAGAGACAGGAAGCUAUCGGUACAUGGCUCCUGAAGUUUUCAAACACCGGAAAUACGACAGGAAGGUUGAUAUCUUCUCUUUUGCCAUGAUACUGUAUGAGAUGCUGGAAGGGGAUCCACCUUUUUCCAACUAUGAACCUUAUGAGGCUGCCAAGUAUGUAGCAGAUGGGCAUCGCCCUGCUUUCCGUUCAAAAGGACAUAUUAGUGAGCUGAAGGAUUUGACUGAGCUAUGUUGGGAUGCGGAUAUCAAUCUGAGACCAUCUUUCCUAGAGAUACUCAAGAGGCUCGAGAAGAUCAAGGAAACCUUAUCAUCACACGAUCACCACUGGCAUUUAUUCUCCCAGUAGCAGUGCAUAUAUACGGAGUAUUCAUUAUGGGCAAUUUUUACCACAGGUGUUGUUGUGAAUGGAUCUUAUUGGGAGAUUGGGAGAUCAGAAUCGAUCGUGUACAAAAUUAGAUGGAUCAAAAAAGGUCCAUUGAAACGAUAGAAUGUUCCUGCUCUUUCUUCUUUUUUCUGCUAAAGCAGAUGUUUUUCUCGAACCACUCUUGGGUUUAGGUAAUUCUGAAAGGUUGGAGAGUUACUAGCCCAUAGUUCUACGACAUAUAGCUGACUGGUAUUCUAAAUAUCAAAUAGUUUCACGCCCGUUUCCCAUUUAUCAGAGGUUCGGAUUGUUUAUUGAGAACUGCUUCGGUAGUCAUGUGGUGAAAUCUGAUUGCAGUCUUUAAGGGCUCUUA